UAGAGCCCCUGCUAGGGAAGUUCUCCAGGGUGGGUAGUUGGGUAGGGAUUAUUCUCCAAACCGUUGUAUGCAAUUGUAAAAGCCUUAGGUUGAUCGAACCUUCUUGUUCUGCGGAGUAUCAUGAGCUGAUUGAAGAAAGAUAACGUCUAUUUAGAAAAAAAGCACCAGAUCCAAACACGACAUGGAUCCUCUUUCACAUCUAAAACAGUUGUAUAAUCCGUGGUAGCAACAGCCACUCGUAAUAGCUACAACUGCUAUUCAUUGUAAGCUGUUCACACGGAUGUAUAAGUAUUCAGUAGUUUAUAUGAGCCCAAAAUAGAAAUUCACAAGGGUUUUCUUUAACCAUGGCAUCAGACGAAACGGAGUCAACUUGUAAGGAAUCGCAGAUCAAGAACUUUUGCACUAAUAUCUUGCCAGCAGUUGCUAGAAGUAUUCAAAAUGGGAGCAGCCUGCAAGAAAUCAGUAGCAUGCUGGUUGAAAGUGAAAACUUUAAGUCAGCAGUUUUGUCUUGGAGAGAUCCAGAAUCUUCAUUGAAUCUUUUUCAGUGGACAAUAGUAAACAAAAGGUGUGAUGCUCUUAAGCUUCUUCAUCAGCAGUACCCAGCAUUUUUGUCUGGCAUGGUGACCACCAGUGGCCAGCUUGGACAGAAAUGUGCAUCUUUUGAGCUGGAAUACAUCAAUUCUCCACUACACCUGGCAUGCUGGGUGGGUGAUGUAAACAUCUUUAGGUACCUUCUAGACAGCGGCUGUGGUCCUUUAGUGACUGUUACAUCAGUCAUCAGUCUAAAACAGAUCUCAUCAAAUCCCACAAUGUUUACAACAGCGAAAGUCAGCAAAAGUCCAAGAGGAAAGCCAUUUGAGUUUGCAGUUUCACAGAAGCAUUUGGACUGUGUGCAGUUCAUGUUGGAUAAUGUAAUUAUACAGAGUGUAGCAUUACGUUUUUUGUAUGCAGGAGUGAGAGAGCCAUCUUCUCUUCUCCAUAAAGCAUGUUCAAUAGGCUCAGGGAAACUUGUCAGUCUUCUGCUUAAACAGUCUUUUAGGGACAUAAUUUGCCUUAGUGACAAAAAUGGCAAAACACCACUGCACACUGCAGCCUGGAAUGGUGAUACAGAAACAAUUGAGCAGCUCCUAGAAAAUGGAGCAGAUGUCAAUGCCCUAACAGAAUCUAGAAGCUGUUUGCAUAUAAUGUACAGGUCCAAACUACAUCCGUAUAAUUAUGUGAAAAACACAGCACUUUUACUGCAAUAUGGAAUAGACUGCCAUGUGGUAGACAAGAAUGGAAAGUCUGCAUUACACAUCAUGGCAGAGGAGAUUGGUAUCAGUCGUGUGGAUGUUAUACAAUACUGGCGAAAAGCAGCAGAAGCAAUAUCAGAAAUGACAAGCUCAUCUGAGCUUUGUAAAGACUAUACAACAGAGCAGUAUCAGAGUGACUUGGUUCAAUGCCUGUGCAUGCUGUUGGAGCAUGGUGGUGACCCCAACCAGCGUACAUUUCCUGCUGCUGGCAUGCAGACUGUGCUGGAAGUAUUGCUGCAGUACAGCUCUUUGCCAUAUACACACACCAUGCUGUGGCAUAAACCAGGAGUUUUGUAUGCAGCAGUCUCCCUGCUUCUGGAGAAUGGCGCUGAUCCCAAUGCUCUUACUUCCAGCUCAGAGACAGCCAUUUGCAGUUUAUUUCUGGGGGCCCAUGUACAUGAAAUUUCAGAUGUGAGCAUGCAAAUUCAGUUUAUCAAUCUCUUCUGUCAGCAUGGCUAUGAUCCAGAUAGCCUUUCUCCUAAGCAAACUGUCUUGUCCAUCUUUCUUCUGCUGAGGCGUCACAUUGACCUGCAAUGUGUACAGUUGCUAGCCAACUAUAUGACAGUAGGGAAACUGGAAGAGGCAAGAGCCUCUGUUCUUAACAAGCUUGUGCCUAUGUUGUUGAGAUCUUCCUAUGAACUAGAUGUACAGUAUGGACAUAAACUGAGAGAAAAAUUUUUUGAAAUGACUGCUCGGUCAUUGAGGCACAUGAGCAAACUUGCAAUAUUACGGCAGCUUAAUCGAAGGGCAAGUCAGGUGCAAAAACUGCCCCUGUCAGGAUUUCUCAAAACGUACCUCACCUCAGAUGCCUUUUGAUAAUGUUUUCCUCUUUCCUCCUUUUCUGUACUUGAAAAAAAAAAGAUGUUUUCAACUGGGUGUGGGAAAAUCCAGAUUAAAAUGCAUUUUAAAUUAAAUUAUAUGUAUAAAUGAAUUUUUAGCUUACAUGUUCAAAGAUUAUGAUGAGGGUUGUUUUAAAAUACUGUCAAUGUUUUAUCUAAAGUGAUAGAAAUAAUAGAUUACCAGCAGUUCUCAAUUGAGCAUUUUUCAAGGUAUAACAAAAGUAUUUUGACAUCGGCAUCCACUUUAAAAAUAUUCAAAAUGCCUGAAACCACAGGGUUUUCAGAUUGCUCUGAAUUUUAUUUUGUCAUAUAAGCACAGUCAAGUAAAUUACAAAAUGACAAAUAUUGCCUUCAAGAAUGCCUAUUUUUUUUGUUGUUUCCUAUGCCAGAGCUAAAUCAUUACAGUAGUGGUGUGGUGACUUCACCUUCCAGUCUGGUGUGGCAUCAUACAAAAGGAGAAAAAAAGUGGGCCCUUAUGAUAAACAGUUUACUUAAUAAUAACAGGUAGCUGUCUAGACUGUUGUGUUAAUGGUGGCAAUGAGAUCAAUUCAUGUUAUCUAUCUAGUGGAGGAAAUUUUAUAAUAGAUCAUAUGAUGGGACGCUUCCCUUCAAAUUGCAUAGUUUUGUGUGAAGUCCCUUGGUUUAUAUAGGACUAAUUAGGCACCUUCCAUAGUGAAAGAGAGAGAGCUGAUCAUCUUUGUCCACAAGCCACCAAUUGUUGCAAAAUUCAAGAUCAUGUUGACAAUUUUUGUAACAUUCAGCUGUGGUGUACUUAUUUUUACUUUUUGAUUUGUAUUCCUCUAUAAAUGUGGAUGGGCAGGUUAGAGUGUGUGGCAGGGAGAGAACUAAUGAUUUUAUUGUGUAGGCCAUGGAAACUGUCAGUGGGAGACGGAGAUCAAGGAUGUACUGGAUUCAGAAUAGUUUUAUAUUUGUCUCCCUGUUUAUUACUGUUUUAUGCAUUCUUUUGUACCACUCUUUAUGUGGACAUACAAACACAAAUAUUUUGUUAUCUCCUACAACAGAUAUUUUAGAUAAAGGAUGCAGUUGAAAAACUGCACCUCACCAAAUUUCUAUCCAAUCGUCUUUAUACAUUAAAUAAACAUUUUUUGUGCUUA